ACGCAACAGAACUACCAUUUAUAUAUAUAUAUAUAUAUAUAUAUAUAAAGAAUCUGAAAUCAUUUUCAAACUCUGUCUCACUCAGAAUCUCUAGGGUUUUCAAGAGGAUCAAAAUGGUCAUGACUAAAUUGUGGUGAAUUGAAGGCCAAUACGGUUGGUAAGCGUUAAUAGUCAAUGAUGAGUAGGUUUGUCAAGGAUACCAGCAGUUGUGGUGGUGAGGGUUCCGCCAAAGGAUCUUCUGCUAGUGAAGGACCUAGUCAACCAUCAAAUCACCUUGAUCAUGAAAUUGCCCAUCUCACAAAACUUGGGUCUGAGCCCCACAAACUUUUGACCCGCACUGCACCUGGGAGGUCGAAGUUGCCCAUUUCAACGGUUAAAAUGUUGGUUGCUCGUGAAACUAACCACUCAGGUCGAGGGAGGUUUUCAUCGGCUGAUGGUUGUCAUGUAUUAAGUCGGUAUUUACCCACCACUGGACCUUGCAGGGUGGACCAGAUGAACAGCCGUGCUUAUACUUCUCAAUUUUCAGCUGAUGGUUCUCUUUUUGUUGCUGGAUUUCAGGGAAGUCACAUUAGGAUAUAUAAUGUGAACAAGGGAUGGAAAGUUCAGAAGGACAUUCUAGCGAAAAGCUUGAGAUGGACCAUUACAGAUACAUCUCUGUCACCAGAUCAGCAAUACCUUGUCUAUGCUAGUAUGUCACCAAUGGUACAUAUUGUUAAUGUUGGAUCUGCUGCAACAGAGUCAGUUGCAAACAUAACGGAAAUUCAUGAUGGUUUGGAUUUUUCUGUUGAUGACAUUAAUGAUGAAUUUGGGAUUUUCUCUGUAAAAUAUUCAAAUGAUGGGCGAGAGCUUGUAGCUGCAAGUAGCAAUAAUUCAAUAUAUGUUUAUGACCUUGAGGCAAAAAGGCUUAGCCUUCAAAUUCCAGCACAUAUGUCUGAUGUUAACACAGUAUGCUUUGCCGAUGAAACUGGCCAUCUCUUAUAUUCUGGAAGUGAUGAUAAUCUCUGUAAGGUGUGGGACAGGCGCUGCUUUAUCACGAAAGGACAAGCAGCUGGUGUCUUGAUGGGACAUCUUCAAGGCAUAACAUUCCUUGACAGUCGUGGAGAUGGGCGUUAUCUUAUUUCAAAUGGAAAAGACCAGACCACUAAACUCUGGGAUAUAAGAAAAAUGUCCUCUACUGUUAUUUAUCCAAAAACUAGAGAUGCUGACUGGGAUUACAGAUGGAUGGAGUACCCUCAAAAAGCAAGAAAAUUGCGGCAUCCUCGUGAUCAGUCAUUGGCUACAUAUAGAGGCCAUUCAGUCUUACGUACUCUAAUUCGUUGUUACUUCUCUCCCACAUAUAGCACUGGUCAGAAGUAUAUCUACACUGGAUCUAGUGAUUCCUCUGUUUAUAUAUAUGAUCUGGUGAGUGGAGCUCAAGUUGCAAGACUCGACUAUCAUGAUGCACCUGUAAGAGAUUGUAAUUGGCAUCCUGUCUACCCUAUGAUCAUCAGCUCUUCUUGGGAUGGUGACAUUGUCAAAUGGGAGUUUCCUGGAAGCGACGAAUCCCCCCCGAUCAAGCGUAGGAAGAGGCGACGGAAAAACUAUUAGUGAAGAUGGCUCUGUCAAGUCUUUUUGUUGGUUAGACUGCAGUAGAGAGUGUGGUCACUGUAAGAAAAUAUAUGGUUUCUUCUUGUAUAUGCUUUUAUUUUGGCUGUACACAACUAGUAAAUGUGUAAAAAGUUUUUGUUGCGCAUGGAGAAACAGGAAUAGAGAAUGGUUUAGACCAACACAGUUUUUUUGAUGGGAGGACCAACACAGUUGUAAUUGUAAGAAUUGGACAAAUUAUGAACUCAGUUAUUCGAAGUUAUUCUUCCUAAUUAUGAGCUCAGUUAAGUUGCACUGGAAAUAUAUCCUUACGAGAAUUGAUUU